AUGCCUACCCUCAGCGACGUGCACCAGCUCCUCGAGCUUGUCGACCUCACCCGCGAUAGCGUUCAGCGCAUCAUUGGAGAGUGGGCUAAGCUUCCUGUCUCUUCCUCCUGCAAACAGGAUGGGCCGGCAGAUGAAAGCGAAGCAAGCCUACCCAGCCGCGAGCUCUUCGAAGCGCAACGCACCCUCAUUGCCGCGUCGGGAAAAUUCGUUGAGUUAGUCUCGUCCCCUAGCAGCCGACUUCUGGAAGUCUCAUCGCAGUAUAAUGAGGCGAGAUGCUUGCACAUUGCAGCCGUACUUCGGAUUCCGGAUAUCUUGGAGGAGAACGGCGACAAGGGCGUGUCGAUGGAGCGCAUCGCCGAGACGGUGGGGAUUGAGACGAGGAAGCUCGGUCGUGUCAUGCGCUGUCUCUGCUCAAUUCACAUCUUCCAGGAGGUGGAGGAUGGGGUCUUUCGAAAUAAUGCCAUCUCGGCCGGUCUGGCCCAUAAUGAGCCUUUACGAGCUUAUAUUGCUAUGUUCGCCUCGGACGCUCUUCCCCACGCUCUUUUGGACCCCGAGAUAGGGUCUUCGUACUCGGUCAAAGAAACGGCUUGGCAAAAGGCCAUCGGAACAACCAAGGAACGGUGGAACUGGCUUGAAGAGGGCACGACGGCCACAGAGCUCCUUAACGGCGGAUCUGGGGCCUACCCUGGGCCUUUUGGGCCAGACGUUACGGCCAUCCUCCAAGGCGAAAAUACAGGGGAAUCCAUCCGUCGACCCGAGCUCGAUAUAUUCGGUCUCGCCAUGCUCGGUGGUGGGCGCGUAUUUGGAGUUGCGCAUUUAUUUGGUAUGCCACAAUACACCGUUUCAGGCACAGAGCCGAGACAUAUAUUGACUGUCAGAGCAGAUUUCCCCUGGGCGUCACUGGGCAAAGCACAGGUUGUCGAUGUUGGCGGCGGAGUUGGUGGAUUCUGCCUCCAGCUGUCCAAGAUUUACCCGGACCUCAACUUCAUCGUGCAGGACCGCGCGCCUGCGCUCGCUCAAGCCCAGCGCGAGAUCUGGCCGCAGGAAAACCCGCAAGCCCUCAGCAACGGCCGGGUCAAAUUUCUCGAGCAUAACUUCUUCAAUCCCAAUCCAGUGAUUGGGGCCGAUAUCUACUGGCUCCGGUAUAUCUUGCACGAUUGGUCGGAUGACUACUGCAUCCAGAUUCUCUCGGCAAUCAAAGAAGCUAUGACGCGCGACUCCCGGAUCCUCAUCUGCGACCAGGUCAUGAAUACUACGGCUGGGUUUGCGGGGCGAAUUGCGUCGGCGCCGAAGCCCCUCCCGGCCAACUAUGGAUAUUUCACCCGGUACAGUCAUCAGAGGGACAUUGCCAUGAUGAGCAUUAUCAAUGGCAUUGAGAGAACUCCAGCUGAAUUCCAGAAUAUUAUCGAGCGGUCGGGGCUGGUGAUGACUCGGAUUUAUGAUUGUCGAAGCCAGGUAUCAUUGGUGGAGUGUAGUUUGCCCGACGGGACAGAGAACGGACUGAAUAAGUGUCACUAG